AUCCAGGAGCAGUUCAUGCAAGUCCUCUACAGUGCUCUGGACCAAGGCAAAGUGGGCAUCUUUGAAAGCCCAACUGGAACGGGCAAGUCUCUGAGUCUCAUCUGUGGGGCCCUGAGCUGGCUGACAGAUCAUGAGGAGAAGAAGAAGCAGGAGGCAGCUGCUCUGCUGCAGGAAGGAGAAGCCGCUCUCUCCUCUGCUCCUCCAUCCUCCAACACCAGCUCCACAGUAGAGCUGGACUGGAUCACCGACUUUGUCCAGAAAAAGGCUGAACGUGAUUUAGUGUCAAAGCUGAAGGAGGAAGAGUUAAAAAGGCGGAAGAGAGAAGAACGAUUAGAGAUGAUUCGAAACAAUGCUCACCUCAAGUACGCCAGUAAAAGAAAGAGCUUUGAAGAGGAUGAAGCUUUUAAGUUGCUUCAGCUAAGCAAAGAGGAACGGAGUGAAACUGCAGGGGAGCAAGAGGAUGAAGAGCUUAUUGUCGCAGAAUAUGAAAGUGAUGAUGAACUAAAGAGUAAAAACAGAUUCUUGGAAGGUGAGGAUGAUGAUGAUGAUGAUGAUGAACUAGUUGAAGAUCACGUGACUAAGAUUUAUUACUGCAGCCGCACUCACUCCCAGUUGGCCCAGUUUGUCCACGAGGUCCAGAAGAGUCCCUUCAGUCAGAACAUCAGUGUGGUCGCACUGGGCUCUCGGCAGAAUCUGUGCAUUAAUGAGGAGGUGCGGCGGCUGGGCAGCGUGCAGCGCAUUAACGACCGCUGCUUAGAGAUGCAGAAAAACAAGCACGAGAAGCAGAAUCACAAAGACGGUGCGAAACGUAAAAGAGGUCCAGAAAAGAGUGUGUGUCCUUACAACAAAGCCUCUGCUCUGCAGCAGAUGAGGGAUGAAAUCCUGGGGAGUGUUCACGAUAUAGAGAAUUUGUUGAAACUGGGCAGAGAGACACAUUCGUGCCCUUAUUACGGUGCACGCCUUACUAUUCCACCUGCACAGCUGGUUGUGUUGCCCUAUCAGAUGGUGCUUCAUGCAGCCACAAGGAGAGCAGCAGGGGUCCAGCUGAAGGGGCAGGUGGUGAUCAUAGACGAAGCUCACAAUCUGAGCGACACUCUCUCGUGCAUCCACAGCGCGGAGCUCACUGGAGCGCAGCUUUGCCGCGCCCACUCUCAGCUCAGGCAGUACGCAGACCGCUACAAGAGCAGACUGAAGGCAAAGAACUUGAUGUACAUCAAGCAGAUUCUGUUUGUUGUUGAGGGGCUGGUGCGUGUGCUGGGAGGUAAAGUGGGACAGAAUCCCCAGAGCCAGACUACACAAGCAGGGACAGAGAUGCACACCAUCAAUAACUUUCUGUUCAAGGCUCAGAUUGACAACAUAAACUUGUUUAAGUUACAAAAAUACUUUGAGAAGAGCAUGAUAAGCAGGAAGCUGGGUGGGUUUGUGGAGAAGUACGCAGGCUCGGGUGUAACUCUGCAGGCCAGGAGCAGCUCCAACAAGGAGAACCGUCGCACAGAAGGACUAAAUCGUUACCUGCAGACCCUCCAAAGCACCCAGAGCUCUGCACCAGUUCCCUCCUUGGACCAGCAGGGGGAAGUAGAGGCAGACAAGGUGCUGUCUGCAUCUCCCAUGAUGCAAGUGGAGGGUUUCUUCAUGUCUCUCACCAACAGUAAUACUGAUGGCAGAGUGGUGGUGCACAAACAGGGUGUUUUAUCUGAAAGUAGCAUCAAUUUCCUCCUGCUGAACCCAGCAGUCCACUUUGCUCAGGUGCUGAAGGAGUGCAGAGCUGUCAUCAUCGCUGGAGGAACCAUGCAGCCUGUUUCAGACUUCAAACAAGAGCUGCUUUUUUCUGCUGGAGUGGAGGAGGAGCGCAUCGUAGAGUUUUCCUGUGGCCACGUGAUUCCUCCUGAGAACAUCCUGCCUCUCGUCUUGUGUGCCGGUCCGUCUGGUCAGGAGCUGGACUUUACUUUUCAAAACAGAGACUCACCUCGAAUGAUGGAUGAAACGGGUCGCAUUCUCUCCAACAUUUGCAACGUCGUUCCCGGCGGGGUGGUCUGUUUUUUCCCCUCCUACGAAUAUUCAAGGCGAAUCAUUUCUCACUGGGAAGCUGGUGGCAUGCUCACCAGACUGGCCAGUAAGAAAAAGAUCUUCCAGGAGCCAAAGAAAGCCAGCCAGGUGGAGCAGGUGCUGAACGAGUUUUCUCGUUGUAUCCAGAGAUGCGCCUUAGACAGCAGCGGACUCACAGGAGCUUUACUGUUCUCUGUGGUUGGAGGAAAGAUGAGCGAGGGGAUCAAUUUCUCUGACGACUUGGGCAGGUGUGUGGUGAUGGUGGGAAUGCCUUAUCCCAACAUCAAAUCCCCAGAGCUGCAGGAAAAAAUGACAUAUCUGGACAAACACCUGCCUCGCAGUCAAGGAAGAAGCCCUGGACAGGCACUGAUAGAAAACCUUUGCAUGAAGGCUGUCAAUCAGUCUAUAGGAAGAGCAAUCCGUCACCGUGGCGACUACUCCUCCAUCAUCCUCUGCGACAGACGUUACUCUCGACCUGCGACGCUCUCCAAACUCCCCACUUGGAUCAAGGAGCGCACAGAAACACACACCACCUUUGGCCCUGCUUUUGCUGCCUUACGAAAGUUCUUCCUGGAAAAGAAGCAGCAGCAACUGUAG